UGGUUCUUUUGCUGGAGUGCUGUUUUCUUCUCGAAUAUUUCCAAUAAAAUUAUUUAUUGCUUGCCUACGAAUAAUAUUAAUUGCAAAACGGGUAAACUCUAAGUUAAAACGUUCAUUGCUAACCAGAGGCCAUGCAGUUCUAGCAAACGGCUAGUUGCUUUAACUCGGACGUUGGUUCCACAGUUUUUCUCAUAAUUGUAUAGAUUUUAUUCAGGCAAAUAAUUGUCUAUGCCGUGGUCGUUACUUCAAACAUAUAUAAACAUAAACUUAUAAGCAGUUAAAGCCCCAAAAUCAAGAAUGUCCUUCGACAGCAGCGUGCUUCCGUCAGAGCUAUUGGUUGCACCACAGCCUCUUAUAGGUUUCUGCGGCUUGGACACAACGCACAAUCUAGUACACAAGGCUAUAUGGGAUGCGUUUAGCACCAAUAAAAAAGCAGAUAGAGCUUCUGUGCAAUUCAAGAUUUUACCACCUGCUUACGAGUUUCCAGUCGCAAAGCCUAAACGUGCUUCCUACGAAUGGUACCAACCCAAGGGUGUACUGAAAAGAAAUUGGAUGCUUAAGCAUUUGCAUGUACUGCCUGCGGUUGUAGUUUUGUUUCAAGACAUGGAAUGGAAUGACCCUCAAUGGUCGGAAAAACAGGUGCAGUGCGCCUCAACAAUCCAAAGUCUCAAGAUCGCAUUACAGGAACGAAACACUCGAUUGUGCCUUGUGCUGUUGCAGAAAUCAUCACCUUUACCGCCAGGUGAAGACUUACUGGCAUCAGAACGCGCUGCCAGUUUAACUACAGCUUGUAGUAUUAAUAUUAAAAUGUUAUUCAUCCUGCCGCAUACUGAGCAUUUAAUGGGCUAUACAUUACGCUUGGAAUCUGCGUUCCUAGACAUGGCUCAAUCCUAUUACGCACUCAUGUCCAAACGUAUACGUGCACAUCGUGAUCAAUUAACUGCUGCGCACACAACACUCAAAAUACGACAUCAAUUUAAGUUAGGUUUUGUUGCGGAGAUAAGACAAGAUUUCAGCACUGCACUGAAACAUUUUACUCAGGCAUAUGCCACACUCGAUGAGAUACGUAUCACUGAUGCCAAUUGCCUCGAAAUGAAAACCAUAGCCGGGUUCUUGAAUUACAAAUUAUGUCGGUUAAUGUUUAAGUUAAAGGUGCCGCGUGAUGCAAUCAACCACUUUAUAAGUCACAUAGAGAAAUAUAAGAAUCGUAUAGGCUUCAAGGAUUUAAUAUUUGAGCACUAUGCUUGGUUAAGCACCCAACAUAGCGUGUUUGCGGAAUUAUUUUGUGAGGCAAUAAAAAAUGGGCUACCUGCAUUACAGACUCAAAAUCCUGGCAUUUAUUAUAACAAAGCUGCAGAAUAUACAAUGAAGCGCAAAGAAUCCUUCCUACAGAGUAAUGCUAUUUUGUUAAGUCCUACUGACCCGACAUCUCCAAAUUCAAUGCAAAACAACAAUUCAGUGGCAUUGUAUACGGAAUUCUUUGGUAUUCGAGCUGUCAAAACUGGGGACCCAGUGUCCGAGCAACAAAUAAAUGUGCUUAUUCGGGAAAAUGAGAAAUCUUUCAAUCACUCGAACGCCAUCAUAAACUUGCUUAGUUUAGCACGAGCUCAGUUCAAAAUUUACAAAUGUCCACGAUUUCGAAAUAAACUCGCCAUCGACAUGGCCGAGGAAUAUUACAAAAGUGGUGAUCACGCUAAUGCAUUAACUCUUUACUCUGUGAUGCUAACUGAUUAUCGACGUGAACAAUGGUCGUCUAUAUUCUCUGAUGUUUUACUGAAGACUCUACGAUGCGCUUUUUUGUCAGCUUCGAUUACCGACUUUAUAUCAUGCAGUAUUGAAGCGCUGUCCUUGCGAGUUAGAUGUGAACAGAAAGACCGAAUUAUUGUGCUCGAAAAUCUAUGGAAAGUAUUUAAAGGUGCGGCACCCAUCUCUCACGGUCAAAGUGCACCUGAAAUUAUAGAACGCUGGGAUAGUGCUUUCGUUGCAAUAAAGUCACCAAUUACUAUCGAUUUGGAUAAGUUGACAAAACUGAUUAAAAUGUAUGCCAGCUUCGAACACUUAGAAUUGAAAAAUGAUGAAACCAUUAACGUUUAUCUCAUCAUAAAGUUGCUUACUGAUGUUCCCAUUAAAAUACGACACUGUGCCAUUGUUCUCACAGAUGGUACAAACUUUUACAAGUUGCCAGCCAGUAUGUGCAAAUCAUUCCAGUGUUUACUCGAUGUACAAGAGACUCAAAAGAACAGUAAACCACCAGAAGGUACACUGCUGCAUUUUGAUCCAGAAUUGAAGUUGGAGCCGCACUUAUAUUACCAACUAGGUUUCUCUACCGACGCUUGUCAAUUUUUGGAAAACACACAACUACGUGUUGCACGCAUCGAAGCUCAAAUGGGUUCUGAUAAGUUGGCGGUGCAAUUCACAAAAUCAGCCGUUUUCUCACGCAAUGCCUUUCGUCAUUAUUCUCGCGGAAAAGAUCUCGAUGAUAAUAUUGAAAUCAAUCCGCUGUGCUAUAUUACUCCAACAUUCCAUUUGAACACGCAAUGCAACCUUGACAAAGAAACGCAAAUGCUAGUUAACGAAUACUACCCUAUAACAACUACAAUAAAUAAUCCAUACAAUGUUUUCCUGCAAAACGUUAGCCUAAACAUUAGUGUACCGAACAAUCUACGCAACCAAGUAUUCCUUACUACAGAUCUAUCAUCUGGUCGACAAAAGUUGCACUCCCAAAUUCAAAUCGAUACUGGCGAAUUAUCCAUGCAGAGUUCAAAUUCAGUGCUCUUCUACGUAUUCAGCUUGGUUGAGACGCCUAUUGUGCUUGAGCAGAAGACUUCAUACGUCAUAGACAUUCAGCGACCUAAAGUCGCUACCACUAUGACUGUUAUUGAUGGCGGUACAGCCGGAAGCGCUGACAAUUCGCCAGAAAACGUACGCAACUUCGUAUCGCCUACUGAUAUUAGACCUACUACAGUUUCACCAGCGGUUCAUAUUGAGUUUAUUGACGAGAGUCGACUACGAAAAACGCGCGAGGACACAAUCAGCAUCAAAUGUGAACUAGACUACCGGUUCUCAGCACGGUUCUAUACACUUAGCAAGCGACCACUAACAAAAGUUUAUCGAGGUGAAAAUUUUUUACUGCGCGCUAACAUGGAAGUACGGUCACCUGUCGAUAUUGAUAUACUCGAGACAUAUUUUAUUUGCGACCACAAUUUGGUUCAGUCAACAUAUACCUUUAAGAGGAAAAAGUUUACGCAAACCUACCGCAGUCACGAUAAGCUCGAAGACGUAAUUGUGUUGCGUACGAAUGCUGCUACCAGCGAUUGGACAACUGCUAAGGACUUUGACCGCACCAAAAAUGGAGAUCUGCAGAAUGAACUAUUCAGCCGGUCACGGCGGGCGCGGAAACUAAGUUCAGCGAAAAAUAUAAGCCGCGAAGCUGUCGUCGGUGAGACGACUGAUGCUUGUGCAAACACGCACAUGAACAAGAAUCUCAUGGGCAAAAUACCGAACAACUUGACAAUAAUAAAUAAUAGCAGCGGUUCUGUGAACUCUCUGCUAAUGGGAACGAAUUCCAACUCCUCGAUGAGUGUGUCUGCGACUUCAUUUGACGAAAAACUGACAUUGGGCGAUGAUGCUGACGCCGAUUCGACAUCAGCGACAGCGAUGACAGCGUCGGCAGCAGCGUCAUCUGCAGCAGCUGCGCGUGCGUCAAACACACGAGUAGUCUUCAAUAAAGCUAUAGAAGCCAUUCAAGCUACCGGCCAUUGUCGGGGUUUCUUCAAGCGAAUCGCAACGGCCGAGCCAGAAAUGCAGGUAGCAGCCACACAGCAGCAGCCAAAUUUCGGUGUGUACUGUAUCAGAUGGCGGCGUACCGGAACCAAAGAUGAAAACGAAUCAAAAUUCCUUAUUCAUGGGUUGGAGAUAGAAGAGCCGCCCUUAAAUAUUUACUGCACCAUUGAAGAGAAGAUGUUUGUGAAAAUGCCCAUGACUUACAAGGUUGUUUUGCAUAACCCCACCUCCAAUGUGUUGCAUUUGGUGGCAACACUAAGCAUAAGCAUCGCAGAUAAUUUUAUUUGUUCUGGGCACAAACAACUUGAUAUUUCCAUAUAUGCCUAUAGUGAAAAACAGCUGGUGUACAAUCUCUACCCUCUAUGCGUCGGCUGGGUGAACUUACCCGAGUUAACACUCGAGUACAAUACAAAAGCCGAUCCCGGCAAAGACGACACGCAUAACAAUGCACUCAGCGAAUUAGUCCAGCGGUCCAUACCAAAGAAGGUUUUCGUAUUGCCACCGCUGAAGCAGCAGAUAAAGUGAGCAUCUAAUGUAAUCGAAUAAGUGACUCCUGCUGAGUAUGUAUGCAAGAUAAAAAGUUUCAAAAAUAUAGAAAUGAAGAGUUUGGAUAUUUAUGCCCAACAGCGAUCUAUAAUGUUUGAUAUUCGCGAACGGAAUAUGUAAAGAAAAUCUUGUAAAAAAUAUAAAAGUAUUGAAAUUUGAUAAUUCUAAAGCAA